AUGUCGUCAACUGAUAGACAAUCGUUGAAACCAUUGGUUUAUUUGACACGAAUAGAGAAGUUCUGUUCGGCUCAUCGGCUCAAUAGUAGAGCACUUGAUGUGCAAACAAAUAGUCAAACUUAUGGCAAAUGCAAUGCAGUUCACGGACACAACUAUACGGCAGAGAUCACUCUGAAAGGGACUGUCGAUGCGAUCACUGGUAUGGUUCUGGAUAUCGCUGUUCUCAAUGAAAUCAUUGCCCAAACAGUGAUGAAGAGUUUGGACCACAAGAACAUCGACGAAGACGUGCCGUACUUUCGCGACAACGAUAUCGUCAGCACCGCUGAGAAUAUAUCGGUUUAUAUCUGGAAAGUAAUCGCCGAAAGGCUUCCGCCAAACGUAACGUUAGACUCAAUCAAAUUACACGAAACCGACAAAAAUGUAUUUGUAUUUCGUGGAGAAUAUGCUUGA